AUUGUAUCUACAGUCCUGCAUCGUUCAGGUGAAAGCCAGGAACAGUUAUGAGGUCCCUUCCAUGCCUUCUCUUUUUAAUAACGGUAACGCCCCUGAGCAGCUUUAAUAUCGAUACCCGCAAGAAGUGGAUUACGCCGCCCACAGCCCCACUCUCUUGGCCCAAAGUUCUGCAGCAUUCAGAUGGGCGCAAGACCUGGGUUCUGGCCACUUCCUGGGUAGAGGAUGAUCCAAGCAGGCAGCUUGGCAGGCUGAAUAAGUGUAGUCUGACCUCGGAUGAGCUCCACUGCGAGAAAGUUGUCCCGAGAGGAAAUAUUAAAAAGUCAAAAAAUAUCCAGGAUGGUGGCAUAGCUAUAGCCAGAAGUGCAGAAUGGAUCCUGGCUUGCCUGCAGAAAAAGCGGCGCCCGGCCCUUAGCAUCACAGAAGAGUUGAAUGGCAUUUGUACCCUGCUCACAGCAGACUUCCAAGAGGAGGCUUUCCUUAACCUCGGCAAAAUCAUUGAGACCAAAUUUAACAACAGGGACCAAAAUAACAACAACAACAACAACAACAAAAUCAACGUUACUGACACUGACAACUUCAUCAGUGCAGCUGGCAAUAGCACCUCCAACAAUUCAAGAAACAGCCAUGCAUGCAAAGCAGACUCAGGGACAGAGAUCGCUAUUGUUCUGGAUGGAUCAGGAAGCAUCGAGCCUGAGGAUUUUGAAAGAGCCAAGGGUUUCAUCUUCAACAUGAUGAUGUCAUUCUGGAGGAAAUGCCCAGAGGUUACGUUUGCUGUGGUACAGUAUGGAGCAGAGAUCCGAACUGAAUUUGACCUGCAGGAAAGCAGCAACAAGUCCAGUGCUCUCUCCAAGGUCCAUAACAUAACACAGCUGGGCUUUGUGACCAAGACUGCAUCUGCCCUGCAGCACGUGCUAGAUGAGAUCUUCAAUGAAAGCCGUGGUUCGGUCAAGGAUGCUCGCAGGAUGAUCCUUGUCAUGACCGAUGGGGAGAUCUUUUUGGACCCACUGAACUUAACGGAUGUGAUGAGCUCCCUGAAAAUGGCCACGAUCGAACGUUACGUCCUGGGGGUCGGCGACGUCUUCAGCAAGCAAAGGGCCCUGAAAGAGCUGCAGCUUAUCGCCUCGGACCCCGAUGAAGAUUACUUGUUCAAGCUGCCUGACUAUGAAGCCUUGGAUGGGUUCCUGUCGGUGCUGGAGAGAAAUAUUUUGGGUACCUCAGCGGCAUAUCUUCCAGAGGCAGGAUCUGGCUAUGAAAACCAUAACAACAACAACAACAACAUCCUGGAGGAUGAUGACGAUGACUCAUACUCAGGGACGGAGAUCGCCAUUGUUCUGGAUGGAUCAGGGAGCAUCGAUUCUGAGGAUUUUGAAAGAGCCAAGGCUUUCAUCUACAACAUGAUGAAAGCGUUCUAUGAGAAGUGCUUUGAGUGUGAUUUUGCCCUGGUGCAGUAUGGAUUUGAAAUCAGAACUGAGUUUAAUCUGCGGGACAGUUGGAACGCUAACGCUACCCUCCAGAAGGUUCAGAACAUCACCCAGUUGUGCAACGUGACCAAAACAGCAUCUGCCAUCCAACACGUGCUGGAUUCUAUCUUCAUUGAGAGCCAGGGGUCCCAGAAAAAUGCUGCUAAAAUCAUGGUUGUGCUGACAGAUGGGGAAAUAUUCCUGGAUCCAAUGAAUUUAACAACGGUGAUAAAUUCACCCAAAAUGGCAAGAAUUGACCGUUAUGCCAUUGGGGUGGGAGAAGCAUUUAACAAGUCCAAGGCCCUAAAUGAGUUGAAGCUGAUUGCCACUGAUCCAGAUGAAAGUCAUUUAUUCCGAGUGACCAACUAUUCAGCUUUAGAUGGGCUCCUUUCAACCCUGCAGCAGAAAAUCAUUGCGAUAGAAGGCACGGCAGGCGAUAUUACAGAAUAUGAGCUGGCGCAAACUGGUUUCAGCGCACAGAUCUUGGACAAGCAGCACAUACUGGUUGGAGCUGUGGGGGCCUAUGACUGGUCCGGUGGAGUUUUGCUGUACGAUUGGGUAACCAAGACGGCCACUUUCCUGAACGAAUCUAAAGAAGCAAAAGAAGCAAAAUACGGCUACCUAGGGUACAGCGUGGCUGUGGUGAAUGCACAAGACGGUGCCUGGUAUGUUGCUGGAGCUCCGAAGCACAGCAUGACAGGGAAAGUGCUGGUGUUUAAGAAAGAUGGCUCAAAGCAAAUCCUACAAGGAGAUCAGGUUGGGUCUUAUUUUGGCUCUGAACUCUGCUCUGUGGAUGUGAACCAGGAUGGGGAGACAGACUACCUUCUUGUGGGAGCCCCGCUUUAUCACAUCUAUGGGGAAGAAGGAAGAGUUUAUGUGUAUCGGCUUCAGAAUGGUUACUUCUCCUGGGUGGGACACUUAAGUGUCCAGACACCAUCUCCUUUUGCAAGGUUUGGGUUUACUGUGGCCAGCAUUGGGGACAUCAGUAGGGAUGGAUAUGCGGACAUUGCAGUUGGAGCCCCCCUUGAGGAUCGACUUUCGGAUUCUUCUACCUUUGGCAGCAUUUACAUCUAUAAUGGUGAUAAGAAUGGGAUCAGGAGCACCUUUUCUCAGAGGAUAAGAGCAGCUGAAGUUGCUCCAGGCCUCCAAUAUUUUGGACAGUCCAUUGAUGGUGGUUUUGACUUCACUGAUGAUGGUCUCAUAGAUAUUACAGUGGGAUCGUUUGGAAAUGUAACUGUGCUCCGCUCCAGACCAGUUGUCAGAUUUAAUGUCACUAUGAGAUUCACCCCGGCGGGAAUAUUCGUUUUCCAUAACAAUAGCAUCAUUACUGCAGAACUGUGCUUUAAUAUGAGCUCACCUUUAGAAGCAUCCCCGCAAGAGACUUGGCACUUACCCAUUCGCUACACUGUGGACUUGGAUGUGAGGAUGAAGAAGAAGAGAGCCCAUUUUGAGGAUCAGAAGUCCACACUGAGCCAAGAAAAGCAGGCCAAUGGACCUGUGUGUGCUGAGCUGCUGCUCAACAUACUGCCGUGUGAUUAUGACUGUUUCUCUAGCAUUACUCUCAAAGUCAGCUACCAGCUCUCUAAUAGCAACGAGAACAUGGAUCAUCCAGCUCCCAUACUUGAUAAAUACCAGGAACCUGAGGCCUAUUUUCAGCUGCCUUACAAGAAGGAUUGUAAUAACAAAGCCACCUGUGCUGCGAACCUAACCUUGAGAAGUCAGACUCAGAAGAAAUUAGUGGUGGGGGACACCAAGGAGCUGACCAUGGACAUUUCUCUAGUUAACAGCGGAGAUGACUCCUACAUGACAACCCUGGUCUUGAAAUACCCUAGAAAUCUACAGUUUAAAAAGAUGAUCCCAGAGCCAUCCUCUACUGUGAUUCAUUGUGAUCAGCCAAAGCCAUCUGCACAUUUACUCUCGUCCAUGGGCUGCAAGAUUGGACACCCAAUAUUCAAAAACACAAUGGCAUAUUUUUCAGUGAUUUGGCAAUUAGAUGAAGCUUUAUUUCCAGAUCAGACUGCGAACAUCACUAUUAACGUCACAAAUGUAAAUGAAAAUAGCACUGCUUUGAUUGAAGAACACAUACUUGAUGUCAGAUAUGCUUUGACUGCAGUUCUUACCAAGCCAACUCCAGUAGUAUAUGUGAAUGUUAGUCAAGGACACUUUGAGACCAAAGAGUUCCAGUUUAAUAUCAAUGGGGAAAACCGCUAUGGCGCUCAAAUUGAUUUAGAGAUUUUGGUUCCUGUCUGCAUACAAGGUCAUCCCAUUGCAAGAAUGAAAAAUGUAACAGGAACACAGAAUACAACAGUCUGCACAAACUGGAAGGAUUUGGAAUAUCAUCCUCAAUUCUGUACUGAAAAGACCAAAAUACAGGCCAGCAAAGGGCAGUACCAACAUGUGUACUGUGCUAUAACAUCCGACAGAGAGAAUGUUACUGUGAUAGCUGAGUUGCCUUUAAUUGAUUCUCAGCAGUUCUUAAAAGACAGAACUGAUCUUCUGGUCAUUGGGGAAAUCACCUUCAACAAACAUCUGUAUGAGGGCCUGAAGGAAGAGAACCACAAAGCUGAGAUCACUGUCGUCUUGUUGAAAAGACAAGUAAUCAAUGCCUUGCCUGUUGUCAUAGGAAGCUCUGUUGGUGGAUUUUUGCUGUUGGCUUUCAUUAUUUUCAUCCUUUUUAAGUGUGGCUUUUUCAAAAGAAACUAUAAAAAUAUGAUGGAGGAACAACAUGAUUCCUGAGGAUCAGGCUGACUAGAGCAGGAUUCUGUACAGGAAUUGCACACUCUUCCUGAGAGCUCCAAUAUCAAAGACCAGCCAGAAGCAAAGCAAUUCAGUCUGUAAGCUGGGAUGGAUCUUGAGGGUCCUGAAUUUUGAGACUGCCAUGGUUUGCUCCUGGUUUAAUUUAGGGAUUUUGCACUCUCGUAUGACCCAGCCACCUGCUUGUGCAGCUAGCUUGGAUUUGCUGACUACUUGUCAAAAUUGGACUUUCCUAGAUUAAUAAACCACAGAAUCCUCAUUUCAGAUUUUGCCUAAAUGUAAAUAUGCUGGAGACAAUUUAGUUUGGAUUGUGUGUAAUUUAUGCAUUGUUAUUGCAUUCUUUGUUGUUUUGAUGCCAAGUUGGUUUUAAAUGGACUUUAAUAGCAUGCAGCCUCAAACGAGUUUGAAAAUAGAAGUGGUUGAAUGGAAGCUCCACUCUGCUCAUUGUGAGUGAAGUUGGCAAAGCACCUGAUGCAUGCACGCUUGUACUUGUUUGAUUUAACACAGCAGGGCAGGCUCGAUGCUCUCAGCCAUUAUUCUGUUAGUGGGAUGUGUGGAUUCUUGCCUAUUGGAAAUGUAAGUGUGUACAGAGGUGACCAUGUAAACAAGCAGAAUGGUUAUAGGAGAAAGACUCUCCUCCCCACACCCAGAACAAAGAAGGUUCUUGUAUGGCCUAGUAACCCAAAAUGCUUUUGUGUUUUCCAUUGGGAUCUCCAGAGUCCCAUGAGAACAAAAGGUUAAAAAUCAGAUUCAUGCCUUUCAGUUCUGGGUUAAUUGUUUUCAAAUUCUGAUUGGGUCACAAGUAAAAAUGAGUUUGCUAGGUCUCAUACUAGGUCCUGAUGGACUAUUUCCACAUCAGAAAUCACUGCACCAUGGUGGCAUGACUGGCGAUGCCUGCUCAGAAGAGUACAAGAACUAGAAUGGUAGCAGUGUUCCAGGUCUUGAGUCACUGGCAAAUCUGGAAUUGAACAGAGCAGGAUUGUUGCAGGUCAGGAUUGUGAUUUAUUGCAUAGCAAUGUGGAGUCCCAAGACUGGAAUAGCAUUUACAGAGCAGUGUGCGUGGGAAGUUUGCUUAACAACUGCCUGUCCUGUGGUUGGCUCUAGCCAGCACCUCAGUCCUGGUCUUUUCUGAGCACUAAACGACUACUGACCUCAAACAUUUUUUUGAAAGCAAAAAUACCUUUAAAUAUUUCCACAUUUGGCUGUAGUUGUCCCUAACUGUGUAGUUUGCUGUUUUAUUUCUGUCACAUAUACCUAACCUAAAACCACUGAAACUUGAGUGUGUUCGCUUGAAACUGACAGAAUUAACCUAGAUGGGGGGAGGGAUAGCUCAGUGGUUUGAGCAUUGGCCUGCUAAACCCAGGGUUGUGAGUUCAAUCCUUGAGGGGGCCAUUUAGGGAACUGGGGUAAAACUCUGUCUGGGGAUUGGUCCUGCUUUGAGCAGGGGGUUGGACUAGAUGACAUCCUGAGGUCCCUUCCAACCCUGAUAUUCUAUGAUAUGUUUAUUCUAAGAGGAGGAAAGCAGAUUAGCCCACCACCUGCUCUUGUCUUAGCCAAUACACACCAUGGUUAGCUAACAGCUUCUAUGUAGCCUGUGGAAGCAGAGAAAAGGAUAAAGGGAAUUUGAACGCAGAUAGCUUAACUUUUAGGAAUAAAGUAAAAGUCAGGCUAACACUAGCUCUAAUAACAUGAGAUUUCAGGCAGGGCCUGAGCAAGUGGAAAGCGAGUGGAACAAAAAAACUGUAAGAGAUACUGUUUUUCGACCUUGUGUUAGAUAAGAAUGGAAUACAGACUGUAGCAGGAACUGCUGAGAAAAGUAAGAUAUCAGAAGGAAUACGUAUAAACAAGAUGCAGUUGUUGAUCAUUAUUGUCUGUAACAAAAGGUAUAAAUGCUUGCCCUAAUUGUUUAUCUAACGGAGACCUGCCUGGGACGGGGGGAACCCCUGUCCGGGUGUACUCUCCCCUUGCAAGUGUCAGGAAAAUAAACUGUGUCUGACUUGUUGCAACCAACCUGAAAGUGAAGACUCUAUUUUCUUCCACACUGUGCUGGGUUUUUUUUAAUGUCUUGGUGUAGCAGUCAAUAUGUACUGUUUCAUGGGAAACUAACAGCUGCCGUGUGGCCUGCACUGGAGUGUCUUUAAUAUCCUGGUGUAGCAAUUGGUCGGAUGGCAGAAGUGAGCAAGUCUUUUAAAAGUUAUAACAGAGGCCAGGCUGUGAUUUGGUGGCAGUGCAGCAUGACAGGAACCUGAGUUUAAGUGCAAUGUUGGGUCUCCUCAGUCUACGCAGGUCUGAGAAGGUAACAAGAUACUCUGCAAAAGCAUGUCCUAAUGGGCAACUCACAAAACCACAGUGGUAAUGGUUGUUGAGUAGACAACACAUCUGUUCCCUCCAAGGUAGAGCUUAAGCAGGAGUUUUGAAGCUGUGGUCCCAGGAUAUAGAGGAGCUUCAGAAACCUGCCAGGCCUUUGGUUAGUGCCAGAGUUGGCAAUCCAAGAAACUCAUUUGUGGUUGGUUGGUAGGGAGGUUAAAAUCCCCAUAGAACAUCAGAUCAGAAAAAAGACAGACUGUUUCUUUCUUUUUGGGCUCUAGCUGUGUGUCACAGUUCAGGACGAGCUGUACCUCUCAUUCCCUCUCCCUUUCUGUCCAAGUGCCUCCCCCUUGAGGUCUCAGGCUCAUGUCUUUAUCUCCCUGGGAUGGAAUCCUGUGAGUCUCCCACACUUAGAUCAGGGUACUAGGUUACAACCCCCCUGCGUACCAUCCAUGCUUACUCAGCAUGCCCAGCUGGACAGAGUACCUGCAGUUCUUCCCUUCAGGGGUUAUGACCAGUAGUGAAUACAAUGACCCAAACAGCCUUCUAAAGCAAAGUAUUAUCUAAUCUUAACUGUAAGAACACAGCAUAACAGGAGAAAAGAAUUAAAACAACAAAAGGCCUACGCACACAUCUAUUUUAUCAAGAAUCAUUCCAUCUUCUAUAUAGGGAACCUGGUAGGUCUGUCUUCCUAGACAUCUCCAACCUCUCCUGGACUCCCUUUUAGUUAACUGAAUUCUUGAGAGCCUUGGUGUCUUUAAACCCUAGUGAGUCUUUUGUUCUCGCCCCCCCCCCCCCCAUUCCUCACAGGACUGAGACAUUGCUGGAGAAACCUGCUUAGCAAGCCUACAGGGGGAUCUAGCCAGAGCAUCACAGCACUGUUCUUCAAAUGUUUGUCCCUCUUUUCUGGGAACAUUUCUUGACAAACCCGAUAGUGAAUUAUCCCAAUGUAUGAAUACAGUACACAACUUUACAGUACUAAGACAAACUAAUAGCACAUAUAGUAUUUAUCAAUUUAUUGCACACAAAUCCCAAACCAUCAUACUGUACGAGGCAUGUGUGUGGUCCUGCUGCGUCACCUCUAAUAAAGCUCCUGAGAGACGGGUCAAUUGAUGGAUGUGAACACUGCCUAUGAAACAGAAAAGAAUAAUUCUCAGCCAUCUGAUUUCUGGUUGACAUCAAAGGGAGUUGAGGGUACUCAUCACCUCCCUGGAUUAGGCCAUUAGAUUGUAUGACCUUUGGGGCAGACACCCUGUUAUCUGUUUGGCACUGAUCCACAGCUUUAUAGUGCUGUGUGCUCUACAGCACUAUAUAAAUUAAUCAUAAUAAAAGCAACAUUAUUUACUGCAUCAGUAUUUCCAGUGAAAAUUGACCGGCAGAGGAUUAUUCAUUCUGGUUCACAGGCAGGAAUCACAUCCAUAAAACAAUAGCAUUUCUUAGAGAGCAUAAUUAUAUGUGACUCAGCUGGCCACAUGCGCAUUUCUAGAGAUCAUUCAAACAGAUGGUAACUAGAGAGGGAAAUGGCUUCCUCCACCAAGGAGAGCUCACAAAACGAUUAACCUUGUCAUUUUGUGGGGGGGAUAAUGGCUUAACAUUGUCACUAAUUACAGUCAAAAUAGACGUAUGCACUAUUGAAAAAUAUGUACCGGGAAUAUUGCAAAUAGCUCAGGAAGAUAUUGUGGUGGAUGGGAAAGAGUUCUAUCUUUUGUUGACUCCUUGUGGGUUUGAAGCUAAUCUGUUCCUUCCCUCUCAGUUUCCUAGAGUGGUCUGUUAGUCAGCCCACAGGAGGCACUUUGGUACGGUGUCUUUUACCUUCAAAGACUUGAAUAGACCAGAGGCACAAGGUUGGUGCCAUGUUGCACUGCUGCCAAAUUAUGUUAACUUCUUCCAUACAAACUAUCUCUGUGGAUGAAAGCAGAAGGUGCUCAGCAUGUUGUAGGUUUGGUCACUAGUGGCAAAAGUGAAACCAACCAGAACAAGAGAAGAUCAAACACAGGGUCUGAAGGUGGAGUAAAUCUAGGGUAACUACGGUAGUUAUACCAGUGGGAGGCUAGUAUCAGGCCCAUGGAGCAGUGGGUGUUGUAGUGAAUGUUGAUUCUGGUUGACUUAUUUGUGAGGCUUGCAGGUGUCAUGCCCCUGAGCAGGGACCUGAUCACCGAGAAGAGAGGAGAUGCUCUGAUAACCUAUAGUGUAGAUGAGCCUGUUUGUUCAUGUCUCAGGAUUUAUUAACAUAGCCAUUCUGCUUGACUGCAUUUCUGUGACCAUCACCACAAGCUGUUCAUAUAGGCCCCAGCAGAGAGGGAGUUAAUGGCUAAACUAGCCUGCUCCCCACACUGCAGCAGGUGCAAAGGGUUGAGUUAAUGAGGCUUCCUAGUGAGGACUCAGAAAACAGUUUAAAUGAGAGAAUCAGCUAACUUAGGUUCUUUAGCAAAAGUGGCUCUGUAGCUGAGCUUGGAAAGCCUGUGUUUUUGUUUAUCCUGAAUGGCCUUAUUUCCCUCUUGGUAUAAAAUCUCCUGUUGUUUACUUUUUAAAUCUGUUUAACUGUGGCUUCCUCACAAUAAAAACCUGCAAGAGA